CUGCACUCUCUUUCUGCCGACCCAGAGCCGGACAGUAUCUCAGAGGAAUCUCCGGCCAUUCUUUCAGCAUCUGUGGAAAAGUUGUUGCCAAAGCACCUUAUAAAAGAGAGUUACUGAGUUGAUGGAAACAUCUGCUAGCAAUGAAAGUCAUCCUGGGAGACUCUUUUCAUAUCUCACACAGGAGAGAGGACCUGUCCCACAGUGUGCCAGUGAGAAUCACCUCAGCAGCCUCAAGCAAGACAUCUUAAAUGAAAAGACGGAGUUGGAAGCAGCGCUUAAGGAAGCUGAAUCGGCAUCCUGUUCAAUAGAAUUACUUUUGCCGUUAUUUAAGAACACCGUGGAAGGAAUUAGUUUAGAAAACGUUAAUCUUUCUGCAUCCAAUUUGAAGAGGAUUUUUGAGCAGAAGGAAAUAUUAUCAAAAGGAUUAGACACUUUUAACCGUGUGAAAUUAGCCUUAGAACAACUCAUCCAACAGACACACUACGAACAGACAGGAGAGAGCUCGCCCCGCUUGUUGAAGGACCUCAGGGACAAUGAGAGUGACAGUAGUACUCUUAGGAAGAAGGUACUUGAAAAAGAGACCUAUAUCCAAGAACUUUUGUGUCUGUUUCAGAAUGAAAAGGAAAGUGCUUUGAAAGCAAACCGGUUUUCUCAGUCAGUCAAAGUAGUACAUGACCGUCUACACCUCCAAAUUCAGAAAAGGGAAGCUGAGAAUGAUAAGCUAAAAGAACAUGUAAAGAGCUUGGAAACCCAAAUAGCCAAGUGGAACUUGCAGGUGAAAUUGAAUAAGCAGGAAGCUGUAGCCAUCAAAGAAGCAAGUAGGCAGAAAGGUGUGGCUCUGAAAAAAGCAUCCAAAGUUUACAGACAACGGCUGAAACACUUUACAGGGGAUAUUGAACACCUCACUUCCCAGAUUAGAGCCCAGGAAGCCAAGUUGUCUGAAACAGUUUCAGCUUCCAAUGCCUGGAAAAGUCAUUAUGAGAAGAUCGUAGUGGAAAAAACUGAAGUGGAAGUUCAGAUUGAAACAAUGAAAAAGCAAAUCGUUAAUCUUUUGGAUGAUUUGAAGAAAAUGGAAACUCAUGGAAAAAAUUCAUGUGAAGAAAUUCUUAGAAAACUUCACUCACUUGAAGAUGAAAAUGAAGCCCUAAAUAUUGAGAAUGUGAAAUUAAAGAGUACGCUUGAUGCUCUGAAGGAUGAAGUUGUUUCUGUUGAAAAUGAACUAGUAGAAUUACAAGAAAUAGAGAAACGACAGAAAACUCUCAUUGAUGUAUAUAAAACUCAGGUACAAAAGUUGCAAGAAGCAGCUGAAAUGGUAAAAAGCAGAUGUAAAAAUUUGCUACAUGAAAAUAACCUAAUAAUAAAAAACAAAAAUAAGAAGUUAGAGAAGAUGAGAGGCCAGGUGGAGUCUCAUUUGAAGCAGGUAGAGCGAGCCCGCCACUCCUUCACGGCAGCCGAGCAGAGACUUCAGGAGUGUCAGGAGAACCUGCAGCGCAGCAAGGAGAAGUGUGCGGAGCAGGCGCACACCAUUAGGGAGCUCCAGGGCCAGAUUGAUGGAAACCAUAGCCUUCUAAACAAGCUUUCUCUUGAGGAGGAGAAUUACCUCAUUCAGCUAAAGUGUGAGAACCUAAAAGAAAAGCUGGAGCAGAUGGACGCAGAGAAUAAAGAGCUUGAGAAGAAGCUGGACGACCAGGAGGAGCAUCUGAAGCGCAGCGACCUGGAGCUGAAGGAGAAAGCUGCAGAACACACAGUGCUGUCCAGGCAGCUGGAAGCUGCUCUGGAGGAAGGGAGACAAAAGGUUUCUGAAGAAGUAGAGAAGAUGUCAUCUAGAGAGAGGGCUUUACAAAUUAAAAUAUUAGAUCUGGAAGCUGAGCUUAGAAAGAAAAACGAAGAACAAAACCAACUUGUUGGCCAAAUGAACAGUAAAGCUCAGCAUCAGGAUAUAUGUUUGAAAGAAAUACAGCACAAUCUUGAGAAGUCGGAGAAUCAGAAUGAGAGCAUUAAGAAUUACUUGCAGUUUCUUCAGAUUUCCUAUGUAACCAUGUUUAGAUAAAUGUUGAAUUUAUUGACCGAUGAUUGUUACCAGUGUUAGAGUUUGUAUCUCAAGAUAUUUGAGACAUAAUUUAUUAUUUGAUUGAAACGUUAAGAGAUGAUAACUCUUAGUCUUCAUUUGUGGUAGAUAUUUUGCAUUGAACUCUGGUUUCAUUCUUUUUUAAAAAAUAUUAAUUCUUAAAGUAUUUUUGUCUAUCUAUGCAAAAAUCAGAAUUAUUCUUAUGAACCGUUGAAGUAAAUUUGUAAUAAAUUUAGGCCAGUUAUGAGCCAAAUGCAUGGUUUUAAAUAGUAUAUUUACUUGUCUUAUAUUGUAAUGCCAUAUAAAUAAAAUAUUCAGAAAUUUAUUUUAAUAAUGA